CCACAAACGACACCUUUGUGGGGCUUGAGUUCGCGCGGUUCGGUAGAGACCGCCUUUUUCUUCAAGUUUUGAAUUCCUCCUUCCGCUGUCGGAGUCAGAAUCUCUGAGAUGAUAUGAUCAGAACUGCGUGUCGUGCCGUCGGAACCCUAGAAUCCUAACCGGAAUAGCUUCGUCGGUAAGCGACAUGUUACUGUAAUUCGUGGAUGCAUUUUCUCUAUCUCUGUGAUUUUCUUCAUUUGCCCGAUGAAUUAUCAGUUAGUCUGAGUCUUCCAUCGCCCAGAGAGAAAGAGAAAGAGAAAGAGAAAGAGAGAACCAUUAUAAAUUGGAUAUUGAAGUUUAGGUUUUCAUAGCAUUUCAGCGUAGUUGAGGUUCUGGAUGAGAAGCAUCAAGCCGUUGCCAGAAGCUGUUCGUAGUUCAGUGCGCUCUGGAAUUGUUCUGUUUGACCUAACAAGGGUUGUGGAAGAGCUGAUUUACAAUUGCUUGGAUGCCGGUGCGUCGAAGGUAUCAGUUUUUCUAGGCGUUGGGACGUGCUAUGUAAAAGUAGUGGAUGAUGGAUCUGGUAUCACUCGCGAUGGAUUGGCGUUUUUGGGAGAAAGAUAUGCUACAUCAAAGUUUGAUCAUGCUCAUAAGGAUGCUGCAAGUGGGAGCUUUGGCUUCCGAGGAGAAGCAUUGGCUUCCUUAUCUGAUGUGUCAUUGUUGGAAAUUGUAACAAAAGCUUAUGGAAAGCCAAAUGGAUAUCGCAAGGUUAUAAAGGGAAGUAAAUGUUUGUAUAUUGGAAUUGAUGAUGAGAGGAAGGAUGUGGGCACAACAGUUGUUGUCCGUGAUUUGUUUUACAAUCAACCAGUUCGAAGAAAGUUUAUUCAAUUCAGCCCAAAGAAGGUCUUGCAGUCAGUCAAGAAAUGUGUACUUCGCAUUGCCCUUGUGCACUCAAAAGUUUCUUUCAAAGUUGUUGAUAUUGAAAGUGAGGAUGUUCUUCUUUGCACGCAUCCCGCUUCUCCUUUGACACUAUUGACCAGUAGUUUUGGAAUAGAGGUGUCAGCUUCUCUUCGUGAAUUAAAUGCCAGUGAUGGCAAAUUAAAGGUCUCCGGUUACGUAUCUGGUCCUUCUGUUGAUGAUCCAACCAUUAAGGUCUUUCAAUAUGUCUAUAUUAACUCACAGUUUGUAUGCAAAGGGCCAAUUCACAAACUGCUGAAUCAACUGGCAACUAGAUUUGAGUGUUCGGAUCAAGUGAGGGCUGUGAGCAGGUCCCAAAAUAAGAAGAGAAGUAGGUCUCAAGCAUAUCCUGCUUUCAUUCUGAAUAUCUGUUGUCCUCGAUCUUUCUAUGAUUUAACCUUUGAACCAUCAAAGACAUAUGUUGAGUUCAAGGACUGGGUUCCUGUACUUUCCUUUAUCAAUGAGACCAUUCAAAACUUCUGGAAGGAAAAAAGAUCUUAUGGAGCAUCUGUUUGUCAUGCAGGUGAUAUUGUUGGAGUCGAUCAAAUGUGGAACAGAGGGGACACCAGUGUGCCUGCAGCAAAAGAUCUACUUGAUGAAGAUUUUUUGGGGAACUCCACAAGUGGCAGAAAGAAAUUUAAGAUUCAGAAUCACCAAGCUUCUUUUGACCUUCUUUCUUCUUGUUCAAAGAUACACACCAAAGAAGACAAUUGUUUGUCCUGUAAGGAUCAUGAACUAAUUUCAAUGCAGUGCUCUAAUAACAAUGCCAAUGACUUCAAAGAGCAUGAAAUUGAGAUGGAUUAUGUUGAGCAUUCUGACUAUUCUUUUGAAGCAUGGGAUGGUUCCCUAGCCAAAUUCAUGCCUAAAGUAUCUGGAAAGCGUGAGAACAAACCGUGUAUUUCUAAAAACCAUUUUUCCUUAGCGGAAGAUUAUUUCUUGCAGAAUAGAGUUACUGCUGCAGAAAGGUCCAGUAUUAAUCUGAAGGACAGUGAUGUUGGCUUUUUGUCGGGAGAUGAGUUUGAACUUGGUCCAAGUGUUAGCACUGGAUCAGCAAGGAGUGCAGUACCUUGUGACAGCCCAGAAGUCAGUAAUGAUCUAGAGAUGAGCAGGGUUAUGAUGAAACCUUUUCUAAAGAGUUGCUCCACAAAUAGAAGCCUUCCACUUGGGAGGGAAUUGUUUAUGGACAAUGAGCUUGAUUUUCAAAGUGAUUGCUUCAGGAACAAGGGAACGUUAAGUGCGUCUUCUUACCGAUAUGAUAUUCCGAAAAUUGAUUUCAGCAAUCAGUUCGAUAUGUCAAGGACCUUGUGGCAGGAUCAGGCAUCAGCUUUUCAGCCUUUUCCCAGAGUAAUGACAAAAUCUGACUCCUAUGCACAAUUUGAUUGUCUGUCAAGAGCUUCUGUAAAGUCGACCCCAUUUUAUGAGGAGCAUCUUGAUGAAGAAAAUGGUUUCUCAUCUUAUUCAGGCACAGAUACGGGAAGGAUUGGCUCGGGUCAUCAGACCAUACACUCUAAAUCGUGCUUUGUAGCCUCAGAUUCCUCAUCUCAAGCCACACCUUGGGAUGUAGAAAAUUGCCCUGAUAUUGACACACUUGAAGAGAGAUCUAGAUCUGUUAUAAGGGCUGGCAAUAAGAAUUUUUUGGAUAGUGAAGAAAAGGAUCACAGAUUCAGUCAUGACAUGAAGUUGAACAGCUCCAUCCAAGAGAACUACACCACAUGUUGGACAAAAAGUGGAUUAGAUUUUACUACUCCAAGCCGAUUCCCCCAAAGACACAAUUUGAAUAUUGAAAUUUCCCCGCUUUGCACAGAUAUAUUGACAGAUGAGACACACUGGUCAAAUUGUGAUUCACAUGAUGGAGAUCACACAGAUACUGGAAUCUACAAAAGCCAAAGAGGCCGGCUUGCUGACUACCAGCACUGUGAAAGGUACCAUUCUAUCAAAGAAAGGUCAAGAAGCCACUCGGCUCCACCAUUUUAUAGAAGUAAAAGAAGGUUUAUUGCCUUGAAUCAUCCUGUGACAAAGCCUGUCACAAAGGAAACAGAAGAGAGCAAGAUGAAGCAUCCCCAUCAUUCUUCUGACACUUUUCAUCAAAAUUUGAAGCAAAGUGCUGUGGAGGAUUUAUUCUUAGAUACCAGUCACUGUAGACUCGCUUCCAGGCCAGAUGAGAAUAAUGUGAGAGACCUUGAAGAAGACAUCAAGAAUGUUCACAAAGAUGAAAAGCUUGAACAAUCUCUACAUGUCAAAAUUACAAAUACUGAUCCAGUUGAAGAAAUUGUCUCUACAGAAUUUCAAGAUUCCCUUGAUUCCUGGACUAAGUGGGGGAAACGCUAUCCGCAGAUUGCAAGUAAUAAUAAAUUACACGAUGUCCGCAAUCAGAGUGAUAUACUUGAUAUUUCUUCUGGGUUCUUGCACCUCGCUACUGACUCAUUGGUUCCUAAUUCUAUUAACAAGCAUUUCCUGGAGAAUGCCAAAGUUCUCCAACAGGUGGAUAAGAAGUUUAUUCCAAUUGUGGCUGGCAAAACGCUUGCUGUUAUUGAUCAGCAUGCUGCAGAUGAAAGGAUUCGGCUAGAGGAGCUGCGUCAAAAGGUCUUGUCUGGAGAAGCCAGGACAAUUAUGUAUCUGGAUGCUGAACAAGAGCUGAUGCUGCCAGAGAUUGGGUACCAGUUAUUGCACAAUUAUGCUGAGUCGGUAAAAGAUUGGGGUUGGAUCUGCAACAUUCAUGCACAAGAUUCAAGGUCCUUCAAAAGGAAUUUGAACAUUCUCCAUGGGAAACCUACAACUGUCACACUUCUUGCGGUACCAUGCAUCUUAGGUGUCAAGUUAUCUGAUGUAGAUCUUAUGGAAUUUCUUCAGCAGCUCAGUGAUACAGAUGGAUCAUCAAUAAUGCCUCCAUCUGUACUUCGUAUCCUUAAUUCAAAAGCAUGCAGAGGUGCAAUUAUGUUUGGGGACUUAUUGCUACCUUCAGAGUGUUCCCUCAUCGUUGAAGAACUAAAGAAGACUUCUCUAUGUUUCCAAUGUGCUCAUGGGCGCCCUACCACUGCCCCCAUUGUCAACUUGGAGGCUCUCCAUAAACAUAUUGCCAAGAUUGCAUUGUCGAAUGAAGCUUUAAAUGAGAUGUGGCAUGGACUUCGCCGACAUGAACUCAGCCUUGACCGUGCAGCACAUCGAUUGAGCUCUGCUACAAAUUAAAUAAGAGUAUGACAAACCAUAUUCUUUCGUGGAAUCAAUGCAAUGGCCAUGCUGUGUUCUCACUAUAUACUCAAUUCUUUGUAAUCUUAGUGUAUAAAUUGCUUACUUCGUACUAGCAAAUACCAACUGCGUUGGCCGAUCAUUGUACCGAUAAGCAUUUGUAUAUGGUAAAACCCUUUUUUUUUUUAUAUAUAUAUAUAAAUAAAAAAAGGAAAAAUCUUGUCAA